AUGAUUCAGCAGAGACUUAAUAUCCCAUCUGCGCAACCUUUUCUUUCAGUUUCUGUCUCCGAUCCUGCUAAGAUGGGAUACGGCGUCCAAGCUUAUACCUCAUACAAGCUCAUCACUAAGACAAAUUUCUCUGAUUAUCAAAGGCCAGAGAAGAUUGUUAUCCGGCGGUAUAGUGAUUUUGUUUGGUUACGCGAUAAGCUGAUUGAGAAGUACAAGGGUAUUUUUAUUCCUUCUCUUCCAGAGAAGAACACAGUAGAAAAAUUCAGGUUUACUGCUGAAUUUGUUGAGAUGAGACGCCAAGCGUUGGAAAAGUUUGUCAACCGUAUAGCUUCACAUAAUGUGCUUCAAAAAAGUGAAGAUUUAAGAGUACUUUUACAGGCUGAUGAACUAUCAAUGGAGAUGGCUAGAUCUCAAAAGACUGGUAUUUUAAUGAAAAAGCCAGCUGAUUUAAUGCAGAUAUUCAAGGAAGUGCAAUCUAAAGUUAGUGGUGUUCUUGGAAAAGAAAAUCUGGUUGAAGAAUUAAAUCCUGAAUAUGAGAAAAUGAAACAUUACAUCUUUGAGCUUGAAGAGCGCUUAGCUGAAGCUCAGCUACAUGCAUAUCGUCUGGUAAAGAGGCACAGAGAAUUGGGUCAGUCCAUUUCAGACUUUGGAAAAGCUUUCAAGCUUCUUGGUGAUGUUGAACAUGAUAAUGAUCUUAGCAAUGUAUUUUCUGAGCUUGGGGUAAAGUCAGAGAUGAUAUCUGUUAAGCUGCAAAAAGAGGCUCAUCACCUACUAAUGAAUUUUGAAGAGCCCUUAAAGGACUAUGUUAGGGCAGUUCAAUCCAUCAAGGAAACUAUUGUUGAGAGGGCUAAUGCAUUCAAGCAUCUGUGUGAACUAACUGAAUCAACUAAACUGAAAGAAAUAGAUUUGUAUGAUUCUGUCACUUGAUUCUGGAAUUAAAAUGGCUUUUAUAAAGCAUGAAAAUCAUUUUUAUACUUGUUAUCAUUUGCUUGCAGAAACAAAUACAGAUUAACCAGAUCAAUAAAAGUGACAGAAGCCGAGCACGAAUACGCGAUGUUGCAAGCAGAGAGCGAAGAAGCAACAAGAAAAUUUGAGACAAUUGUUCGGUUAAUGAACGAUGAUAUGAUUCGGUUCCAAGAAGAGAAAACACUUGACAUGGGCCUUGCUUUACAUGAAUUUUCAAAGGGACAAACUUGUUUGGCAAAAGGGAUUGCUGAUGCCUGGAGGAGCUUGCUCCCUCAACUUGAAGCUUUCAAAUAAAUAUAUUAUCUUAAAGUUCAAUUUCCACAUAGAACACAUUGAUUGAUUG